UUCAAACUAAGUGUAGGGGGCCAACAGGCUGCGGCUGAAGUAACCCUUAGCCGAGUGUUGGGGAAAUGUGUGGAUGAAGUGCUUUACCUCUCCGCGGUUCGUCUCUGGGCUCCCAAGUCUCUGUGGCCCCGGGCCGCGGUUGCUUUUUCAGCGUGGUAGGGGCCCUUGAGGCGGGGACUUGUGGCUCUGCAACCAAACCGUCACCCGAAAAGGCCCACAUUUAAGCUUGUGGACAAAUGUAUAGGAUCAAGAAUUCACAUUGUGAUGAAGAGUGAUAAAGAAAUUGUUGGCACACUUUUGGGAUUUGAUGACUUUGUCAAUAUGGUACUGGAGGAUGUCACUGAAUUUGAAAUCACACCAGAAGGAAGAAGGAUCACUAAACUAGAUCAGAUUUUGCUAAAUGGAAAUAAUAUAACAAUGCUGGUUCCUGGAGGAGAAGGUCCUGAAGUAUGAAUGGAUUUCCUUGACUUACUCUGUUUUGUCUUAUAAUGACAACAAGAUAGAAAUUUUUUUUUAACCUUUUAAUGUUUGGAUUCUGUAAAGCUAAGUUUCCCGUUAAAGGGAAAUGUUUUGAAGAUGCAUUGUAAAUGCCCAUUUUUGUAAGUUAAUCAUUAUUAUCUUGGAAAAAAAAAAGAACAGUUUGUUCUUUGAAGACUAAAAUAAAAGUGUUUUUGGUUAACUGUCA